CAUACCUCAACAAUCGAACUUUCAAUAUAUAUACUAUAGUUAGAUAUUGUUUUCUAUAUCACUCUGCUUUUUCUCUCUGUCAAUAUAUAGCGUUAUCAAAAGUCACCAUGAUUGGAACGUCUACAGCUGAGUACUUCUUUAUUCGGAUUUGCAUCCUAUUUCUUCACAAUAUUGCACCAAUCAGUAUUUUAUACAGCAUUCAAUUACUGGUCGUUCAAUUUUUUCAUCUGCCAACUUAUACUGAGCGCAUACCCUACGCUGUCCAAAUUUGGCUCACUGCAGAGGCAGUCUUUUUUACAACUGUCUACAUACCACUUAUAUACGCUCUCUACCAUUCUUCUAUCGGCCAUAGGUGCUUAUCUGCGGAGUUCAGAGAGAAUUUGUUUAUGAAAUGCAAUAAGACUGUGCCAAAUUUGGAGAAAUACCUCUGCCAGUGGCUUAUGGUCUCAGAAGCUGAAUGCAUAAAGCGCGAUAACGUGAAAGACUUUAUCAGAUGGUCAUUAUUUGGACCUGGACAUACCCAGGAGCAAGACCAGCAGAGUGAGCGGGAAAUCGAGGCCUACACAACUGAACUUGAGAAGCUGAUUGGUCGAAAAUUGUCACCGGGAAGGAUGGAUGUGAAAGGCCUAGGACGGCUUUUAAAUGAAGCAGGCGGUUCACAUCGAAGUCUGCUAUGGUACAGUUGCGUCUGUGUGGUUGAUACAAUAAUGUACUGCAAGAUGUUAUACAAUGGAUUUCACUUCCAUCGCAAUUCGCUCUCGCGAUUCUUUACCGUCUUCCCAUUUCGCCCUCUCACGAUACUCACAGCCUACCAAUCACAGGCGCGGCAUCUCACAUACUGGCAUCGACGGCAUACAUCCAAGAAACGGCUACCCAUACUAUUCAUACAUGGUAUCGGGAUUGGCUUGUACCCUUACACAAGCUUCCUCCGAGAGUUAAACAUGGAACUAGGGACGGGAGUAACCGACGAUGGUGAGAUCGGCAUCAUCGCACUUGAAAUCAUGCCGGUAAGCUCUCGGAUAACUCAUCCUGCUCUCGAAAAAGAGGUGAUGAUCGGUGAGAUCAUGGAGAUCAUACGGUACCAUGGAUGGAGCAAGUUCGUGCUUGUGUCUCAUUCUUAUGGUUCCAUAAUCGCUGCACACCUUCUCAAGUCCGAUCUGUUUGCUCCGCUUAUCGGACCUACGGUCUUCAUUGAUCCGGUGUCAUUCCUUCUCCACCUGCCUGACGUGGCAUACAACUUCGUAGCCCGCCGGCCAGCACGAGCCAAUGAAUAUCAGCUAUGGUAUUUCGGAAGCAAAGACAUUGGAGUUGCGCAUACAUUGGCAAGGAGAUUCUCUUGGAUUGACAAUAUCAUUUGGAAGGAGGACCUCGGCGUGAAGGCAGAAAAUAACCAAGAGGGCAGAAAUGUUACAGUUGUUUUAAGUGCUAAAGAUUUGAUUGUGGACACCGAAACAGUGGGGCAGUACUUGAUGGGUUCAUCAGAAAUUCGGAAAGUUGAUAAAGAAGCAGCACGAGCAUGGAAAAUCAGGCCCUGGAUUGGGCAUGGACUUGAGCUGCUGUGGUUUGAAGAGUUGGAUCAUGCUCAGGUUUUUGAUUUUGAGGAUACCAGGCGGACAGUCAUCAAGACGAUCUCUAUAUAUUCAAACACAGGCUGAGACUGUCCUGUUCGUCUGACAUGUUAGUUUAUGAUUUCAAAAUCUAGGACGAAAUAUGGCUCCGACGAAGCUUCUGUGGUGCACCGGUUCGAGAUCAGAAUAAUGCUAAUACUUUUUAAUUCAAACCCUAGGAGCAAUAGGCUUCGAUGCGUUUACCUUCGUAUGCUUGUUCCCGUCGUAAAUAAAGGGAACUACGACUGAAUUCAUAUUUAAUCUCUUAGUCACUUAGUUGAAACCGUAGCAGCCCAAGCAUAGGGAUUUUC